AUGUCCUCGUACAAACCAGAUGAAACUGAGCUUUCGGUCCUCAGCCUUGGGCUCAGUUUCAAUGCCCAAGCUGCCACACAUAAAAAGAAGUUUGUAUGUGCCGUGGAGAACGCCGUUAGUCAUGUUGAUCCCACGCACCGUGAUGAUGCCCGCAUUCAUGUUGUGUCUGUUCUCUCCAGACUCUGGGGCCCCCAUUCUUCGUCCCUGUCUUCAGAAGAGCGUCAAGCGGUAAAGAGGGCUCGCGGCAACCGCAAGGUCAUGAUCCUUCCCGCGGACAAGGGGAACGCGACUAUUCUGUUGGACCAAGUCGACUACUCCCAGAAGAUGCCGACGCUGUUAGUAGACACGAAUACGUACCUUCAAUUUGACUGGAAUCGUACACCCAAGAUGCAAAGAGACUACGAGAAGCUUUUGGACGAUGUCUUCCGCAUGUCCCCUCCCCCCUGA